UGAGGCCUAAAUUACACUUAGUCACGACUUUUAAACCCCAAUAAUUUCAACAGGAAUUCAGCGAGCCCAACUUUUAGCCUGAGAAGACAACCAUUUAUCUCUUUUUCUCAUAGGAAGGAAGAUGAGGUGGCAAUGAGGACCGCCGCUGAUUUGGGGGAAGGCUAGGACAGGAUCAGAGGCCAAGAGAGAAAGGAGCGCAUUGUUGCCCAGCGCCGUGGAGGUCGCUAGGCCGCGGCCCCUCUGCCCUCUCCAUUGUGACGCGCGCCGGACUGCACUCUGCUGCGCGGGAGGGGGGGGCGUGAACAGCGGGGCAGGCCACUUCGGCCAUGAGGCGGCACCAGCAGCGGCGUCGGCCGCGGCGCGGGUCGGGCCAGUGUCUCGGGGCGGAGGGCGGGUGGCGCGUCUCCCCGAGCGACCGAGGCGCGCCCAGCACCAACAAGAGCAGGAAGAAACAGGCCGCUGCGUCCUGCUGCAGCUUGUCCGGUGCCGACACCCAGCAGGAGAUGGCUCGGCGACGCAGCCCCAGCCGGCUCUCCCCGACACGAUGCUUCGUGGACGCCUACAGCUCAGAGCCCGAGGCUGCGGGGGGCGAGGGCGGCCUGGGUCGCCAGAACCUGGCGCAAAUGUAUCGCGACGAAGGGAGCGUGCUGCUGCCGCGCAAGGGCAAGAGCAAAGGCUGCUCCUCGCCGCACCACAGCAAACCGCCCGCCGCUGCCGUCGCCGCAGCUUCCGCCUACCCACGCCGCCUCUCCGCCUGGCAGCAGCAGCAUCUCGCCCCGGCGGGCGAAGGCUGCGCCACCCCUUGCACCACCUCCUGUACCACCCUCUACGGCGGGGACUUUCAAGGCCACCACGAGCCAACUAGCCGCUCCCCGGUGGGCAGGUGCACUCGCGUGGAGGAACUGCUCCGGGACGAUCAGUGGGCCAGCCCUGUGCCUCGGCCUCUAGAAUAUGCCACCGACUUCCCCACUGAUGCCAGCAAGCCUCCCUCUGUCUGCCCCUCUUCCUUCUCCUUCUCCCAGUUAGACAACAAAGCUUCCCCCAAGCUGGAGAAGAAGGAGCUCAAGAGGCGGGAUUGGCAGGAGCCCUGCGACAGCAGCCCCAGCCUGGCUGACCUCGUGCGCUCCUUGACCAGGCAGUACGAGGAGGACGAGCCACAGGCUUAUCUCCGCCAUGACCACAAUGCCCACCAUCACCUUAACUACAAUAGUCACCGCAAGUCCAGGAAGGGAGAGCCGCAGAUCAGCCUCCACGAUCUAACUGACAAAAGGUACGAGGAUUUGAUCCCGGAAAGGGACAAAAAGAUUGCAGCUCUGAUGCUAGCCAGGCACCAGGAGGAGGAAGAGAUGAAGGACAGACAGUUGCAGGUCUCCGAUGCUUGGGAGAAGAUGAGGCGGAAGGAGAAGAAGCACAAAGCCAGGAUAGAGAAGGACAGGCAGUAUCAGCUGGCUGAAAGUCUGGACCAGUGGCAAAGGGAUCAGGAUCAAAGAAAAGCCAAGCUCAGGCUGGAGGAACAGCAGCUCUUGGCAGCCAGAGAGAGAGAUAUGAUGUUGCGGGACAAGAAGUGGAAAAAAAUAACCAAAGAGCAGGAGUGUAGGCGCAGGGAGAAGCUUGAAAAUGCUAGGCUUCAAGCUGAGUAUAGGAAACGUUGUCAGGAAAAGCAGCUCUGGGAUAAAAGGUUAAAUGAGAGGACUGCUCAAGAGCAGAACUCCCAUUUGCACAAAGAAAAGAUGCUGCAGGUCCUGGAGAAGAGGCUGAUAAAGGAAAUGGAAAGGAAGAGGAGGAAAAUAGAUCUGAAUGAAUACAAAAGAACCAAGCACAUGCACGUUAAGGACCAAAUGGAUGACAGACUCAAGGCCGAUGAGCUGUACAAGAGGCUGUGUAUUGAACAAAAGCUUCAGAGGUCUCAAGAAAUCCUUGAGCAGCUGCUUGAAGAAAGGAAUAGAGAAUUAAAAGAAAAGACUUUUAAGGAAGAAGAGCAAGGCUUGAUAGCCAAGGUUAGAGCAAAAGAGACAGAGGAAGAGAAGAGGAGACGUAAGGAGAUGUUGCUGCAGAUAGCUGAGAUGAAGAUCCAGCAGGCCAGAGAAAUCAUGUCGAAAAAUAUCCAAGACAAAGCACAACAUAUGAGAGAAAUUAACUGUAUGAAAGAAAGGAACCACCACUGUCGCAAACAGAAGCUUGAUUAUGAUGAAAAAUGUCACCUACGGGAAAUGCAAGAAGCGUUAAGAAGGAAAGAUCAGAAAAGCAAUCAGAUUCUAAGGCACAAGGACACAGCUAUUGAAGAAUCUAGGAGAAUAGCCAAAGCAUCUUAUGACCUUAGAGACAAAAUGAGAGAUCUGAUAAAUCACAAUUCAUUCGAUCAGAUGGCUUUAGACGCCCAUCGUAAUGCAAGCCUCCUUAGAGGCCUCUAGUGAAGUUUAAGGAAACAUUCCAUACUGUCUUGUGUCAAAAAAAGAUGGUUGUAAUGUGUUCAUUUUGUAGAACUUUGCAUUGCUGUACACUAAAGUGGAUUCAGCCUUAAUUAUUGUUUGACUCAUAAGUGUUUGGGACGGAUGUGGUUUAAAGGAGUUUACAAUAUAUACUAAAAUCUUAUCACUUGCAUUUGUAAUUUGAUUUUGAACAGCAAUAAUUGAACUUUGCCCAUGUGCUACUCUGUAGUAUUAAUGCAAUACAGAAUAUGUCCUUGAUUAAAUGCUAGGCACUUUGAAUUGAAUAUUCCUGUAACAAAUAAUGAUUUUUUAAAUUUUUAUUUUAUAAUGAAUAUCUGGAGUUGCUUACAAAU